GUUAGGGGUCCCUGGGUCCAUGGACCAGGAGGCUGGCUACAGGGAUGUUGCCUGUCUGUGCAGGAGGAGACAGGCCGUGGGCGUGUCUGAGGCGGUGGGGAUGCCCGAGGCAUCAGGCAUGGCCAAGCACAGGUGUGCCCCCGCGGGGGUCCCCGCAGCUGUGGGUGCGCCUGGCUCUGGGAGGGUGCCUGCCGCUGUGUGGGUGUCGGGCCCUGCGUGUCCGGAAGUCAGCUCUAGAGGGGUCUUGAACCCGUGGGAAAGCGUUCCCAUUACUGGAACGCCCCUGGCUGCUGGGGUCCCUGUGGCUUCUGAGGAGCUGGUGGCUGUGAGAGAGAAUGCGGGGUCUGCGGCUUUCCCAAGGUUAUGGGAAAGGAGGCCGGUGCCCGGGUUUCCGGUGACUGACAAGGUUGCUGUAGCUCCCGAGGUACCUGGGCUUGUUGGGGAAGAGACUGGCUCUGGGGGUGUCCCCAGAUCUUGGGGAAGGAGGCAGAGUGCCAGGGUUCCUGUGGCCGUGGAGGUGCCCGCUGCUCCCCGGGUGCCUUGUCCUCUGGGGGUGGAGACCGGCUCUGGGGGCUUCUCACACUUGCCAGGGAGGAGACAGACUGCGGGGGUACCUGUGCCUGUGGGGUUGCCUGGGCCUGUAGAGGAGGAGACACUCUCUGGGGAUCUCUUGGGCUCAUCGGGAAGAAGACAGACGGCGGAGAUGCCCGUGGCUGCCAGAGUCGCCAUGGCUGUGGGAAUGCCCACAGCUGCUGGCACUCCUGGGCUGGUGGUGGGUGACACUAGCCCUGGGGAUGUCGCUGGUGCGUGGGGAAGGAGACUGGCGACGGAGGGGCCCACUGCUGCCCGGGCUUCGGGACCUGUGGGCAGGGAGACGGGCUCUGAAGGUGUGCCAGGCCUGUGGCGGGGACCCACUACAGUAGUCCCCGAGGCUGUGAGGGUACCUCUGUCUUUGGGGGUGCUUGCAGGUGUAGGAGUUCCUAUGGCGGGGCACGUGCCUGCUGCGGUGUGGGUGUCUGGGUCUACAGGAGAAGAAACCACUGCUGCUGGCUCAGGCCUCACCGUGGUGACGAGACAGUCUGCAAGGGGGCCGGGGGCUUCUGGGGCGGAGACGGGAGGUGGGAGUAUCCUGGGGCUGGCAGGGAGGAGCCAGGCAGCGGGGGUGUCUUACACCCAUGGGCGCGGGACCAGGUCCUGGAGCUGCCCAGGGUCUGUGGGGGAAGGAACCGACUGGGAGAAUGUGCCAGGAGUGUCAGGGACAGGAGCGACGGGGGGCGUGAAUGAAGCUGUGGCAGUGUCCUCAGUUUCAAGGGAGGAAAUGGGCAUUGGCAGUUUCAGAGAUCACCCACAGCGGAGAGGGAGCAGAUGGGCUGGAGGAGUGUCUGGAAUGAGAGUGAGGGGGGACAAUUUGGGAGAAAAUUGUGUGGGGGAGGACAGAUGGAGGGGGGCAAUCCUGUAGUAAGAGUAGGGCACAAGUUGAGGGGUCCUGGGACUCUGGGAGGGAACACUGUUGGGGAGAUUUGUCCUGGGUUGUGGAUGAAGGCACAGGAUGUAGAGGUGUCUCAGGAUGGGGGAGGGGGGAUAUUGUGUGGAGAAGUCCCACGGUAUGUGGGGUAACGAAUUGGGAGGUUUCCUGGAGCAAUUGGAAAGGGACAGAUUGCAAGGAGAAAGGUGUCCCAGGACUUUGUACAGGGGAACAGUUUGGGGGUGUGUGUGUGUGUGUGUGUGUUUGGCAUCACUCGGGGUAUCGGGGAACUGGACAUCACCUAGUUUUUUCCUGUAGAGAAAGGAUCAUUAGGCCUCAUGCAGCCCGGGGGAAGGUGUUGACCACAUAAAAGUUGCAGUCACCCUGCCCCCCAGUUCUGCAGACUCCUUCAUUGUGCGGCCCCAGCCCCUCAACUGGUGAUACCAAGCCAGUUGGGAUUGCCAGGCCCAUGUACCUCCUCCCAUCUUCGUUUUUUAUCUUGUCUCUACAGCCUUAGAAAUAAGGAAUCUUGGACAGCUGCCUUUAUGUUCCUUCAGAUGUAUCUGUCUUUAAGCAAAUCCAGUCUACAGAUGUUGGGUUUAUUCAGAAGCUUAAAUUAGGGAUUUUUUUUUAAAACCUGCAUUUCCCAGUUGAUUUACCAUGGGAUUCUUUGAGAGAACAAAUUCUCCAUGUAACACGAGUCAGUUCAUAGAAAAUCAGCUUAAUUCAACAAAUGAGUUAAAUUGUCUACUAUGCUCAAAGCACUGUAUUGUGGGAAAUAUCAGAGAAGAGCAAGACAAGGCCCUUCCCCUCAAGGAACCUUGUCUAGCUGGGAAGAUGAGACAUAUACCUGUGAAAUAGGCAAUGGUUUGGGGAAGAACUGUUGGCUGAUAACUAGGCUUUCACAAUUGUUCUGCACUAUCUGACAUGAUGGGACCAGGCAGACCAGCUUCAACUUGUGUUAAUCACCCGUCUAGUGUCCAACUAGAUGGGAGGAGUGACCCCUGGAGACUUCAGACCCAGAACCAGCUGCAGUUUAAUAAGAAUGUUCCUACACAUUCAAGCAACUUGGCAAUCCGGUAUUCUUACCCACAUGCAAUUAAAAUAGAAAAACUGAAGCACUCGCACACUGAGUCGGACCACUAUAAAGAUUUGGAUUUUGGAGAUGGUCCUGAUCUGAGCAGUUCUGUUUCAUUUUCUGUUGUAUCAGAAGAGAGACUUAGCUACGCUGUCCACCUUGCCAAAAGAGAUAUGAAACGAAGACACUUUGAAGAACAUGUAAAAAAGCAUCAUCUCACAAGUCAAUCCCAAAUCUCUCCGAAAUGUGGAUGCACCAAGCAUAAAAAAUCUGACCUUGGGGUGGAAAGGAAGGAAAUGAAGAAUCAAGAAGCUUUUCAUUGCAGCCACCAGCCAUCCAAAGUAGAAAUUUCCAGCUCAGGUGCCAAGGUAUACGUAUACACAUCUCAUGCAGGACAGUCAGGUUUGACCAUGCCAAAUUCGCCACCCACCCAUGACCCAGGACUGCGGCCUCAUGGCAGGACAGGUGACCACAAAAGCCUAUGUGAACACAGAAGACUGCUAGAAGUUCAGCGACUCCAGAAAAUACUGAGCAAUUGUAUCCAUAAAAUCGAAGAAGUAACAAAAGAUAAAAUGGAAGAAGCCUUGGAUCCAGAUGAAGAACGGCGCGUCCGGGUCAGGAGGCAGGAGCAGGCUGUGCGCUCCGCCCGGACGCUCUACGUCCUCCAGCAGCAGGUUAGAGAAAUCCAGGAAGAAUUGGAUAAAUUGAGUCCACAUAAUAUUAAACACACUAAGAAGUCAUGGGCAAUGUCCAGGCUGGCAUCCGCCUAUCGAGGAGCCGUUCAGGCCUUACAGAUGUUUGUCACGCAGUUCACUGACCGAGGGGAGCACCCAAUUCCUGCUCAGUAUAGGGAACUGGGCAGCCUCAUCCGCCAGCUUUCGCUCUGUUCUGCCAAGGUGGAUGCUGAUUCUUCCGUUUCUGAUGUGGUGAUAGAUAUCCUGCAACAAAUUGAGGCUUUGGAAUCCCUCUUGGAAAAGAAACUGUCACCAAAAAAGGUGAAGAAAAAUUUUACUGAAAUUAGCAGCAAAUUUCCUGUUGAUAGCCCACGGUCCUUAGAGAGAUUGCAAAGUACAUUGCCAAAGAGUGAGAGGAGACCUUUUGUAACAAAGAAGAUACUUCCAAAGGAAACAAGACAACCUUCAGUGGCAAAGAAGGUUCUUGCUGAUAAGUAUCCCCCUGAUGGGGAGCUUCCGAGGACCCCGAGGUUGGAGAAUGAGCUUGAGGCAUUAGAUGCGGAUAUCCUUCCAGAAGAGGCUCUGACUAUUCUAGACCAAAACGCAAGCUUCAAAGAAGAGGCAUUGGCCCCGGCAAAAACAAAAGCAGCGGGGAAGAGGCCUGUGACUGACAAUGUGCCAUGUAGGAGGAAAGAUGCUCUGGCACCGGCCAGAUCCCAGCAAGGACUUCACAAAGCUGAAAAAAGUAGACCAACCCAAUCCCAGGGCAAAAGCAGGUUGCAUCAGACAACAGUUUCAUCCAGAUUAAAAAUAAACCAACAGCCUCUGAAAGACACUAGGGCUCCUUGGAUACCUCCAAACCCCACGUCCCCACAAGCGUCUCCUAAAUGUGCUGCGUGGCUGAAGGUGAAACCUAGCCCCAAAGACACCACGAAAGAGCAGUCUGUGGAGCAAGAAAGUGCUCAAGAGGAAAGUCAGCUGGGAGGUGCUGUUGAGCACGAAGCAGUUAGACUCGCUUGGCUUGAUGCAGAAACUUCCAAAAGAUUGAAGGAACUCGGAGAAUUAAAAGCUGAAGAAAUGGACAAAAUGCAAAAUCAGAGUGUUUCUGCUACCCAGUUAGCAGACCAGGUAGAGAAGGCAGUCCUGGAGCGGUUGAAGCCUCUGCUGGCACAGGCUCAGAGAGUUAAUUCUUCUGUGGGAGCAGAUACUCAUUUGAAGGAUCGCCCAUCGGUAAACACAGGGACAGCCCAGCCUGCAGAGGAGGCUACUGCUCUUGAUUGUAAAUCCAACAACAAUCCUCAGCUGGACGAUGUUUUGGAAGAUACCACUCGUGAGCUCCGGGCUGUGACUCACUCUAAGAUCUUGGAGCCUGACGCCUUAGCCACCUUAGGGGACGGCCUGUGUCUGGAGACCAUGCUGCUCCGAAUGGAGGAAAUGGAAAAAUACCAGGAGACAGUUCGCCAAAGAUAUAAUAAAAUUGUGUAUUCUGAUCCUCAAUUUUGGAUGCAGGAAGAAAAAAAUGACCAAAAACUCGCAGCAGUAAGUGAAGGACCCCUUUCUCCUCAUCCAAUCAGGAUCACAAAGACAGUAGCCAGCAAGGACCCAGACGUGCACAUCAUGUUGGAAAGGCCCUGGAAUGGCAAUUCCCUGGAUGAUAGUGUGGGAACAGAGGAGAAAUCGGAGAAAAGAGAGGCUCCCCUUCUCUUUCCUUCAGAAGAUUCUGAGCAGAGAAAGGAUCGGACUGCCCUCCUGGUCCCCCCCGGAAUGCGACGCAGCAUCGGAGACUACUGCAGCCGCUACGACCAGUACCUCCGGAUGGUCUCCCAUGAGGCCGUGGGCUCUUUCAAUCCGUGGCUGAUUGCUGAAAGCUUUUCAGAGGAGCUGGUGGAUGAGGCUCUGGGGUCCGUGACUGCUGAACUUCGGGACGUGUGCGAAGGCUACGCGGAAGCUGUGUUCACCUCGGAAUUCUUAGAGGCUGCCACCUGAAGGCUCUCCACCACGGGGCUCCGUGCCACUGCAGGAGCGGCGGCACCACCCUUGGCGUUAGGCACGGCCAGUCUUUACCCAGGCUGUCCAUCCAGGCCCAGGCGCUGCCCAAGGAGAGGAAGGACGCGCCAGUGAGGUCAUCAUCAUGGCAAUGGUUCUGGUGGUUUAUGGUGGGAUGUGUUACAUUGAUUAGUACCCAGGAAACGUGAAUUGAUUAUGACAAUAUAUUUUCUGAAUGUAUAAUUUUCCUGUUGCCACAUUCCUCCACUGGCUCAGUUUGGUGAUCAGAAUGUUUUGAAAAGUAACAGAUCGGUGUAUUUCAUACAGGGAUUCAAGUUGCUUCAGAACCCACAGGUGGAUCAGUGCCCACAAAAGUGCAAUUACCGUCCGGUCCCCUCACCUGGCUCACGUUUCCAUGUCGAGUGAUUUCCCAACAGGACACCUGUCCCCACCGGGUUACGGACUCGAGGCGAGCCGGGUCAGGUUUCCUGCCAGACCUCGGCCCUGUGCAGCUCAGUGAGAAUAGGAGCCACCAGUUGUCAGUCACAACAAUCAACACAUCUCUCCAUGUGCAGUUCCUAGCGGCUUCUCACAUGUUGAGUUCCUCAAAGUCUUCUCUUGCUAUCAGUGGACAUAUUCGGACACACAGAGCUUUCUCUGAAUUCAGAGGAGAUCUGAGCACAUCGGAGUGGGCCUGGCCUCUUGUGCCCGGUCAGAGGCGCAGAACUCACUUCCAUCGCUGGCGAGGCAGACACGUCGGUGUUUCCAGACCAGAGAGACCUGGUGGGAGGAGAGAACCGAUUUGAAUGACAUGAAGACCUCUGGUUCUGGGUCUCCAGAGAAGGGAAGAAACUUCAGAACCAUAAUAGCUUGGUCGUCGAACGUCUCGUAAGUCCUAUUUUACCAAGAGAAAAGCUUCUGUGUUUUCAGAAGCUCUGAAUUCAGAAAAAGGAACGUGUAUGGAAAGAAGGCCACUGCCUGGGAAAAGGUUCCCUCAGUUUCUUGCCUGAGGCUUGUGAAAAAAAAAAUGUGAAGAGUGAGUGAUGUAGACGUUCCCAUGGAAUAAUGUGAAUCUUGUUUGUAGCUUAUAGAGUGUUGUCACCUGGGGUUUCUCUGAAGUGCAAGUGUUCCAGGUGAUGGUUUAAGCUGCUUGAUCCCACUUAUUUGUACAAAAUUGAUUUUUGUUUAAUGUUAAUGUUUCUUGAUUAAUCUUAUAUAACCUCAGAAUUAAAAAGGCUUCAAGGGAAAUUAAAGGGUUUAAUUUGAGGAGUUAAUGUGUACACUUGAAUUGAUAGGAUUGUCUGUCUUCAUCAUUGAUCGCUUUAAAGUUAUUUGUGUGGCAGUUUUACUGUGCUGAUCUUUUAAAUAAACUCAGUAUUUUAAAGUA